GACUGGCCCUGUCGGGUCUGACCUGCAGCCAACUCUCAAAGCAAGGCAAGGCCCCAGCCCAGCUCCAAGAGGCAAGAGUCGAAAGCUGAUGCCCCCCAGAAGAUGGACCUGGAAGAGGAGCCAUUCAGUGCUGCCCUAUUUCACAGCAGCAAGCUGGACAGAGUCCCUGGGGUGCAGGGGCAGGCCAAAGACAAGGAUGCGGAGAACUCUAAUUCAGGGGCCACCUUUGUGGGGGUCACCCAGCACAAGGGCAGGCAGGUGACAGGAGCAGCUCCCUUGAUGAGCCUGCCUCCACACCUGCGCAAGCCCACUACAGUACAGCAGUGCGAGGUAGUCAUCCGGCAGCUGUGGAACGCCAACCUCCUACAGGCACAAGAGCUGCGGCAUCUCAAGUCCCUUCUGGAAGGGAACCAAAGGCCAAAAGCUGCCCCUGAGGAGGCUGGGCCUGGCUCUAUAAAGGACCAGGAGGCCACUCAGUUCCCCAAGGUCUUGACCAAGGGCCUCUCAAAGAAAUGCUUGAUUCUGAGCCCAGUGCCUGCAGCAGAGCGUGGUAUCCUGCCCGCGCUUAAACAGAGCCUUAAGAGUAAUUUUGCGGAGCGGCAGAAAAGGCUGCAGGUGGUGCAAAGCCGGCGCCUGCACCGCUCAGUUCUCUGAGCCCAGUGCCCACAGCUGGAGGCUAGCUCUCUGUGCAGCAGUUCAUAUGCUUUCUACUACUUUUAAGCCACGAUGAAUUCCAAGACUGGGGAAACCCAUGACAGAUAAAGUACUUGAUCUCAGAAUUGAGAAACUAUUUAUUUUCUAGCUAUUAUUUUGCUAUUCUGCAUUAAAACAAAACCAAAUUAUGAAAUAAAUAUUAUGCUACCUGUUGAA